GGCGGAUGGAGAGUCUGGCCGCGGCCGGCUGCGCCGCCUCCUCGUCGGGCCGGGCACAGCGGGCCGGGGCCUUUGUGUGAGGCGGCGGCGGCGAUGGUGCUCGGGGCCCCGCGGAGCCGGAUUAACCGUGCUAAUAAGGAGGCAACUGCCUAGGAGCUGCUAAGAUGGGCAUGAGGAUCAAACUGCAAAGCACCAACCACCCCAACAACCUGCUGAAGGAACUCAAUAAGUGCCGGCUCUCAGAGACCAUGUGCGAUGUCACCAUCGUGGUGGGGAGCCGCUCAUUCCCAGCCCACAAAGCUGUGCUGGCCUGCGCCGCCGGCUACUUCCAGAACCUCUUCCUGAAUACCGGGCUUGAUGCUGCCAGAACCUAUGUGGUAGACUUCAUCACCCCUGCUAACUUUGAGAAGAUUCUGAGCUUUGUCUACACGUCAGAGCUCUUCACGGACCUGAUCAAUGUCGGGGUCAUCUAUGAGGUAGCUGAACGCCUGGGCAUGGAAGAUCUCCUCCGAGCCUGUCACUCCACCUUCCCUGACCUGGAGAGCACAGCCGUGGCCAAGCCCUUGACCAGCACCAGUGAGAGUCACUCUGGUACCCCUACUGGCACCUCAGCAGAACCCACCCCUCCCCUGGGAGAACUCCGGGGUGGCGGGGAGCACUUUGGUGUUGAUAGAAACUAUUUGCUGUCCAGUGAGGCUGGAGGAAACUAUAAAGAGGAAGAGAAAAAUGUUCCCAGUGACACUAACCAUAGCCUGCCACAGCCACCGCUGCCGCCAAAGACAGAAGACCAUGAUGCCCCUGCUCCCUUCCCGUCUGUUCCUAGUGUGGUGACGCAGCCAGGCCUGGGCACCGUCAGUAUGAUCCAGGCCACCAUGAGCUCCAGCCAGCCAUGCAAAGUUCAAAGCAAUGGAGACUUCAGUAAAAACAGCUUCUUCAUUCCUGACAAUGCAAUAGACGUCACCACUGGGAGCAACUCCUGUCUGAGCAAUAGUGACCCCUCCAAAGAUCCAGGCUUUGGACAGAUGGAUGAGCUCCAGCUGGAGGACCUGGGGGAGGAUGACUUGCAGUUUGAAGACCCCACUGAAGACAUAGGCACGGCUGAGGAGGUGAUUGAGCUGAGCGAUGACAGUGAGGAUGAGCUGACUUUUGGAGAGAAUGACAACCGGGAGAAUAAGGCCAUGCCCUGCCAAGUAUGCAAGAAAGUUCUGGAGCCCAAUAUUCAGUUGAUCCGACAGCAUGCUCGGGACCACGUGGACCUGCUGACAGGCAACUGCAAAGUCUGUGAGACCCACUUCCAGGACCGAAACUCCCGGGUGACCCACGUCCUGUCCCAUAUUGGUAUUUUCCUCUUCUCCUGCGACAUGUGUGAAACCAAGUUCUUUACCCAGUGGCAGCUGACCCUCCACCGACGGGAUGGGAUAUCUGAGAACAACAUCAUUGUCCGCCCCAGUGAUCCCCUGCCUGGGAAGCUGAGUCUGUUUCCGGGGGCAGCCUCCCCAGAGUUGAAAUGUGCAGCCUGUGGGAAGGCAUUGGCCAAAGAUUUCCACGUGGUCCGGGGCCACAUCCUUGACCAUCUGAACUUAAAGGGCCAGGCCUGCAGUGUCUGUGACCAGCGCCACCUCAACCUCUGCAGCCUCAUGUGGCACACGCUCUCCCAUCUCGGCAUUUCAGUCUUUUCCUGCUCUGUCUGUGCUAACAGCUUUGUAGAGUGGCAUCUCCUAGAGAAGCACAUGGUUGUGCACCAAAGCCUAGAAGACACACUCUUCCACUGCCACUUGUGCAGCCAGAGCUACAAGUCAGAGGCUGCCUAUCGCUACCAUGUCAGCCAGCACAAAUGCAACAGCAGCCUUGACGUACGGCCUGGUUUUGGGCUCCAGCAUCCAGCUCUCCAGAAGCGGAAGCUGCCAGCAGAGGAGUUCCUGAGUGAGGAGCUGGCACUGCAGGGCCAACCAGGGAAUAGCAAGUAUAGCUGUAAGGUCUGUGGCAAAAGGUUUGCUCACACAAGCGAGUUCAACUACCACCGGCGGAUCCAUACAGGUGAGAAGCCGUACCAGUGUAAAGUGUGCCACAAGUUCUUCCGGGGCCGCUCGACCAUUAAGUGCCACCUGAAAACACACUCGGGGGCCCUCAUGUACCGCUGCACGGUCUGCGGCCACUACAGCUCCACCCUUAACCUCAUGAGCAAGCAUGUCGGUGUGCACAAGGGCAGCCUCCCGCCUGACUUCACCAUUGAGCAGACCUUCAUGUACAUUAUCCAUUCCAAAGAGGCGGAGAAGAACCCAGACAGCUGACUAGGGCCUGGCAGAGCCAGGGACAGCUCCCAGGGGACAGCCAGGACAUAGGUUUUCUAACAGCUGUUGGUCCUUCCCCAGCUGACGUUACAAUUUUGCCUUGUUAGGAAUUCUGUUCUGUGUUGUGUUUAAAGAAGAAAAAUGAAGAGAUAGCACAUAAGCUGAGUUACUGUUUUUGAGAAGCAAUGGCCCUAUCGCGUUUACCUCCGUAUCUGUUCUUGCCCACGAAGGGCUGUGUUUUUGAUUCUUUUGAGGCUGGCUUUGGGAUCUAGUCAAGCAGUUGGUGUCACCUAGAUCCCCCUUCCUCAGCCUCUCUAGUUUUAGUUUACUGAUAGGUUUUAUGCUGCUAAGAAUCCAACCAACAGCCUCACAGUAUAGAGGAGGUGGAGAGAGGGUUUCACUACAGGUAUUGCUGCCAGACCUCCAACUGGGACAACCAGCUAUGAGGAAGAUUUUGGAAAUGUCAUCCAGAAAAGACUUGUCAGCAGGGCAGCUCAACUUAGGUUCUAGUCCCAGCUCUCAGCAGGGAAGAGGUGUCAGGGAUGGAGGUGCCUGCUUAUUCCAAGGGCCUAAUCUUCUGAUAGGAUGGUGAAAAUCUUUUGGCAGCUAGAUCCAAACUGGAGACAAAGCUUUCUGUUUAGGGGAAGGGAUAGUGAGAAAGCUUUGGGAUGAAUCCUUGCCCUCCAGAAGGGGUUGUCCAGCGGUGCUACCUAAGUGGCAGUGUGGAUGGACAGGAAGGGUGGUUUCUCUCUUCUCCUCAUUUCCAAAGAAAAAUGAUUUUAUGGUGUGAUGGCCCAGGACAUCAGGCCUUCCCUGUGGGCACAGGAUGGGUAGCCACUUUGACAUAGUCACGUGUCAUUCUGGCCACCUCUGUUGACCUUGAGUUUCCUGGGGGAGAGGUGGGGAUGUCGUUGACAGCAGCAGCCUUGCCUUAAUUUACACCUGGUCUCCUACCCAGAAGUGUGUUUGGCCUGUAGUGUGUAUUAGAAGACCCCACGAGGUGGUGGAGUGGUGGACUCUGUGAGCCCUUCAGGAUAAAAGGAACCUGAGUAACUGGUGGGGUGUGCAUUCCGACCGUCCAGUCGGGUAACUGUUGUUUAAUUUGUGCUAACAGGGCCGGAGCUUUGGCAGCUCGCCUUUGACCUGCUGGAAUUUAUCCUGAUCUGUCAUUGCGUCACCUCCAGGGGGCGCUGUUGGAUGAGUGCUGGUUCAGGCCCUACCUAGGUGGUUGGGGAACGUGUCUGCCCAGUGCACAGGGUGGGUUGGCACAGGGCUUAGUGGGUUUUUGAAGGGGCCUUGCCCAAAGAAGGCUUGAGGGAGGGGAGAGGGUCCUCGGACCUUAAGUACUCACAGGUGGCACCUCAGUAAUUCAUACUACCUCACCCUGCUCCAGCGAGCUCUUGGAGUCCCUGGCCCCAGCCCUGGCACUGCUCCUGGUGGAACUCGGCAGCACCCUGGACUGUUUCUCAAGCAAGUGGUUUGAAUUAACUCACAGAGCCUUUUUGAACAUUAAUAUUUAUUUAUUUGUUUUUUUGUAUACGUAUUACCCAGCAUCUCUUUUAGUUAAAGAAAUUUCAGGAAAGGGAGUUUCUCCCCAGCAAGUAGCCAUAUUCCAGGGGACAGUCCUGGCCAGAGAUUUGGGGAACAGGGUUAUCACUAGGGGAGAACAUGCCAAGCCUUUUAAACAAGCAAAUUCUUUUCUUCCUCUCCAGAUAGUUUCUAGCAAAAUAAACCCAGGGAACACUUUAGACAAUGGACCGAAGUCCUAGGAAGUUGGGACAGAGUAGUAAAAUGAUGGAGGCCAGUUAAACUCCCAGGCCUUUCAUCCCCAUUCCAUCCUGUGAUAGAGUAGAUUGGGGAUGGGGUUGAGGGGCUCAAGUCUCGUGGAGGACCUCCUUGCGCAUUUUCUCAUCCUUCCAGAACUUGGAAAUCCCCCUGUCCUUGACUCUAAUGAGGCGUGCAGGCAAACCAAAGCUCCCUCUCUGUUGGACCUACUGCCUCUCUCCCAAGCCCGAAAAUGGUGGAGCCUCCAAGUUGGAGCCCAUGGCUCUCUGUUGAGCUGACCAUCAGAUGAAGGGACUUGCACAGUGGCCAGUUUAAAGGCUCACCUUUCGGCCUCUAAGCCCAAUUUGUUAAAUGUCCCGGUGAGACAUUCUUGUCAGGAAAGCAGUGUUGGGACUUUUCAUCACUCUUCGGCUUCUCCCUUUCUCUCACCAUUAGAAAUGUACGAAGGAAAGUGUGUGCAAAACUGCAAUCAAGUAUCUGUUAAGCUUUUCAAACCUCCCAGACUAGUGGUAAGGACUUAUUUUUGAAUGGUCGAAUUUGAGAGAGCUAGCAUUGGAACCUAGUCAGGAGAAAUGUGCUGGAGAAACCCUUUUCUUGAAUGGAGGGCAUCUAAGAUGCUGGGUGGUCUGUAUACUUAACCUGAAACUGUGAAGUUUUCCCUUUUUGCCAGUAAACCAAAAAGCAAACCCUUGAAAUUUUGCCCUUGAAACACUAAACUGAAAACUGUACCCCAUGAUCCCCCUGAGGCUAAGUGGUUGAUCAGGGUGGUCCAGUUGGUCCCAGUCAGACAUGUAGCAGGAUCAGCAGCUCAUGAGUCUCAUCGACCAAACCCGGUCCCUCUGUGUGUCCCCCGUAUUCACACCUGAACUCUCCUUCUGUUUGAAGUUAUUUGUGUCCUCUGCCUCCAGCUCACACUUAUCUGAGCUGUUUUACUUGAAACACUAUAUUGUUGUGGCAGAGGGCACUCUAGGAUAUCUGGUAGAAUGUAUUUGUUUUAUUUUGAGUCUUUUUUUGUUUUUCAACCUACUGUUCAUUUGAUUUUGUUUCCUCUUCUCCCCUGAAGCCCAGUUCAGCCCUAUCUCCUGCUGUAUUGCUCUGAGGUUCUGUUUGACCCUUGAAUGUCUUCUCUUCCUCUCUUCCCCUUUUUCUUGUUUUCUACUCAGGACCAGCUACAUAAUUUACAAGCCCCUUGUUAAAAAUUAUCGGGAAUUUCAAGAUGUUUCCUAAUGGAAAAUGGUGAUAUUUGUAUGGCACGUGGGGAGGCUGCUGUGGCCAGGGGAAGGGGUCAAUGUCACACAUGCCUGCAACCUGUUCAUGGCUCACUGGUGCCAACGCACCAGCUGGGAAGCUCUGCUCUGCCCUAGUAUUUGGUCCUAAAUUUUAAGACUCUGGAAUCUGCAGUUGAUGGCUAGUGG